GAGAAGUGCCCCUCUUAUGUCCAAUCUGCUGUCUUUAUAAUUUAUCAAAAUCGCCGAUCGAGACAGGUCGAGAGAACAACCACCAUCCGUUCAUCGCCGACGGAGAAAUCGUGGCCGUCUAAUCCAGGGGAAGAAGAUCCGAUUCCGAUUAUAGAAGGAUCUUAAAGGGAUGGGGAAGAAGAGAAAAGCUACAGCGACGAGCCUCGAUGAGGUAGAUCGGACUGUUUACGCCUCGUUUCGAACAGCAGCGAACUCGUUAUCUCAGCUUUACACUCAGUCCAUGAACCACCAGAAACUAUCUUUUCAAGCCGGUGAACGCCAUGGCCUCGAAAAAUUGUACCAAUGGAUAUGGAGACAACAAGAAGGAGGGUCAAGGGUGACAUCUAUGGAUAUAAUCAAUUACAUUCAGAACGAGCUAGAGUGCUGCACAGAGGAGCCCCCAAUUUCCCCAAGAGCGCAGCCAACACAACCAGCAAUGAAUGUCACGAAUUCCGGGCUCAUGGCCUCUUCAGGCACUUCUUGCCCUACUGCUGUUCCUGUGGUUCGGUCGGAGCAAUGCGAAAACCAGGCGAAGAACUCGGUUUUCUCAAACGCCCUUUCAAGUCCCAUACGCCGUAGCCUUCAGAACUACCAAAUCCCCCAGGGAGGAGGCUACAUAUCUGUCGGAACCAGAAGCAGUGAACUGAACAGGGGAUCCAACUCUCCAGGUUCUUUUGAUUCUUCAAUGGACAUGCAUGCAGACUAAUAACUAUGAUGUAAUACACUCUCGUUUGAUGAUGUUUUCUCUAUAUUUUAUCAAAAAAAAAAUGUUUUCUCUAUACAAAACUGGUUUGAUUCUUCAUAAAUGUAUCAAUUGGUUCUUA